UCGGUAUGAUCGUGGCGAAGUUUUCCAAACCGCUUUUCAUCGGCAUAAGUGGUGGCUCUGCCUCUGGAAAGAGUGAAGCCUGUCGCAAGAUCCAGGAGGUGUUGAGUAAAAAGUCCAAUGGAAAAGUUGCAGUUAUCUUAUCGUUGUCUGCAUUUUAUCGCGAGCUAUCUCCGGAAGAACGGUUGCUUGAUGAAAGAGGUGUUUUCGAUUAUGCACACCCGAACUCGUUCGACUUCAAAUACCUGCUAGAAGUGCUGGGUAAAAUAAAGCGCCAUGAGGCGGUCACGAUCGUAUGUCGUGACUAUUCUGAAGCUCCAGAUAAACCCAUCACCACUCAACAUAUCCCGGCAGACGUCGACGUAGUUAUUGUUGAAGGGAUAUUGACUUUUUAUCAAAAGGAGAUACGUGAUAUGUUACAUCUGAAGAUCUUCAUCGAAUCCGAUGCAGAUACCCGGUUGUGUAGAAAAGUUCUUCACGAUGUUUCUCGCAAAGGUCGAUCGCUUGAACUCGUCUUGGAUACCUAUUUCAAGUAUGUGAAACCCGCAUUUGAAGAGUUCUGUCUUCCGACCAAAAAGUACGCCGAUGUAAUAUUGCCCCGAGCACCGGACAAUACGGUUGGCGUUGAUCUAAUCACAGAACAUUUGCUCCAGUUGGUCAACGAGAUCCCGAUGACUCCGAGUCACUGUGGUGCCGGCACGCGAGUUCGGAACCAAUCAGAGUCGUGCGUCGCUUCCAUUAGACCACACUGACGUGAAUAAUCGAUUUUCAGUGGUCUCGAUUCCACAUGACUUGUUAUUUCCUAUUAUUCACAUGGGUUUUUCGUAUGUAUCGUGCAAAGCAGAUACUAUUUACGCUCUGGACAGAGCGUGCUAUUGCUUGUUUUUGUGUGACUUUGUCCAUCUGCGGGACAUUUCUUAAUGGAUUGUGCGUGGUUGGAUAAGUUGAUUGAAUGCUAGGGCAAGAGGACAUGACUCAUUAUGUGAUGGCACCCUCAAUGGUUCUAGUACAGUAUUCUUCUCCAUU